AAGGCAAAAAAAAAAAAAAAAAAAGAAAGAAAGAAAAGAAAAUCACGGAAGAAACUUGAGCAGUUGUACGAGUUUAGCCAGUUGCGUGGACUCGAAGCGGGAGUCGCUGCAGCACCGCAAGGAGAAGAAGAAAGGGAGCUGGAAAAGUUUCUUUUUGCGCACAUUUGCACGCCUUGGCCCGACGCUUUUCGAGAGGGGAGUCAUGGAGGAAGCCAUUCAGACGGUGGUCAAGGUUUUCCUGAAGUCCGGCAAAGGGAAGGAAAGUUUGGGACCCAAAGACUUCCAGAACCUGGUCAAGAGCCAACUCAGCAACAUCCUGACGGACACGGACAGCAAGGAGGCGGUAAACAACAUGGGCAAGGGCCUAGAUGCUAACAAGGAUGGCAAGGUGGGCUUCGAGGAGUACAUGAGGCUUGUGGGCUACUUGGCCAAGGCUGUCAGUGAGCAGCGUUCCCGAGGCAAUGACGCCCAGCCCGACCAAAACGGCCAGAGCGCCGCUGCGGAGAAUGCCACCCCGGAGAACGCAGCCCCCAAGGCAGAAACCCCGGAGGUCAAGCUGGAAGCUAACGCGGAUGGAAAGAUGGAGGUGAAGUUGGAUGUCAAGACGGAGGUGGAGGAGAAGAACGAGGAGGCGGAGAAGCCGGUGGCGGUGACCUUACCGAGCAUGAAGGUGACCGCACCCGGCGUGGAGUUGACCUCACCUGGCGUGAACGUGUCCGCACCUGGCGUGGAUGUGACGGCACCAAGCGUGGAUGUGACCUCACCGGCUGUGAAUGUGACCUCACCGAGUGUGGAGGUGACAUCCUCAAGUGCGGAGGUGGUUGUGAAGAAGGAGAUCCUGGUGGCGGGAGAGACGGAAAAGAUGGUCGAGGAAGCGGUGGAGAAGAUGGCCAAUGCGGCAGAGGAAGAAGCCAAGAUGAAGCCUGAGGAAUCUGCCACCUCGUAGGGGACAAUCAAUGCAUCCAUUUUUCCACCCAUCACACUAAUAAUAGUAACAUGAAUAAUAAUAAUUACACCACAUCAACACUAAGAGCCACUACAACGGAUAAAGGCCUAAAUUUAUGACAAAUAUAUGACCACUAGCUGGCUUACUUGAUUUAUUGAACAUCUCGAGGUAGUUGGUGACCUACCGAGCUAAGUAGGUCUCUUAAUAGCUUUUUCUAGCCGUCUGCUUAGCUAGCUAUCAUAUAGAGGUACCUAGCUUUCUAUCUGUGUGAAUUUCGAAAUGCUAGCCUGACUAUCAAUAUAUAGAUAUGACCAUAGAAAGCUGCCAAGUCAGCUUUGUAGUUGAGUAACUCUGGAGGAUACAGAAGAAAUGUACACCUAUCUUACAAGCAUUAUCUAGCUCCAUCAAGUUAUCUAUCACCGCCAACUAAUUAGCUUUUUAUCUCUAGCAAGCUGUCUAACUCGCUGUCUGUUUUUACUAGUCACCUCUGUUUUUAGUUGCAAAAAGUUAAGUUAUAAAGCUCGCCAUUAGCUUACAAGUUCCUACCUAACCCUAAGUAGCCACUAUUAGUUAUAUUUAUAUAUCCAGACUAUACCUACUAGUCACCUAAAAAGCAUACUAUAACAAUGUGACAAGAGUUUCCAAAAAUGACAGUCUGUCAAAAUGGCUACUUGAACCUCAUUAGAAUGGACAAGAAUUAUGAAAAUCAGAUGAUUGCCUGUGGAAAAAUUUAGUUUAUUGUGUGGGGAACUUUUAUGUUUGAUAUCGUCGAUGCGUCCAAAUUAUCAUGACAUUUCAAAAAGUGUCUCUUGUCCUACAAAGCUCAAUUUAAAUAGUGGGAACGAAACAUUAUUGGCAAGAAGAGCGACUUGGGUGGUAGAAUAGAUCAUAUACUUUAAUAAUCUAUUGUUUAUUUGUUAUGGAAUCGUUUGAAGUGCUCAUUCUGUUUUUCUGAAACUUUCGCAAAGAUGGCAAACGACUAUCAUGCUAGCUACAUAGUUACUUAUGUAGCUAGUUACCAAGCUAAUAAAUUGACUAGCUCACUAGCAUCGUAUUGGGUGGAUUUUGAUUCCACCUACUAAAAUCUUGAAAUUGACCAUGAUAGAGCAGUAGUAAGAUAGCUAGUUAACUCGCUACUUGGCUGCCUCCUAUUACAACAGCAGUCCUAACUUUAUGACAGAUAUAUGACCCGAAUCAGAUUUAUGACUAUGAAUUAUAAGUAUUUGUAGUGUCAAAUGCACUAAAUCGACGCCAUGUCUACAACCACUGCCCUAAAGUGGCCUAGCUGAACGACAUACCACUGAUAGCAUGUGCAUGGCACGAAUAGAGCACAUUUACCUUGCAUCGUGAAAAUACGGCGGCAUUUACGCAAUGGUUAGCAUUUUUCCAGUCAUGCAUUUAGCUGUACUCUUUCUUGACCUUCAUGACUUUAAUUUCUUCAGAGCUGAUUAAUUUUUCCACUUUUUGUGACUCACAAAUGCUUUUUGAUGCUGAUUUAGGCCUGACAAUAAACAAAUUGUGAUGCCACUAACCAAACUUUGCAUCCCUCCUCAUUCCCUCCCCCUUCUCCUUUUUCUUCAUCUUCUUUUUAUAUGCUCACUUCACCUGGAAGCAACAUUAAGGCCCCCGCAGCCUCAAUUAGACACGGAGAUCAGGUGGGCCACUAAAUAUUUAAAACUCAAAGAGGGAAUCCAAAACGAUCCUUGUUGGUUACUAUGUAGAAGAGGGUCGAAAUAGUGGAAAGGAGAUUGAGGGUGGAUCCUCGCAGAUUGGGAUUGUAGAAUAAUUUUCAUGUGACAAACAAAAAA